CCCCGCCCUCAAUCCCUGGGCCGGGCAAGCCCUUGAUAAAGCGGCGCGGCCGCGGCAGCGCUUCCAGCCCGCUCCCCGGCUCGGCUCAGCUCGGCUCGGCUCAGCUCGGCGCGAUGGAGACGGGCGGAUGCCGCAUGGGCGGCGCGGAGCCGGCCGGCCCGGCCAUGAUCACGCUGGAGGACCUGGACGGGAUGCCGGAGGAGAGCCCCGACUCCGCGUACCACAGCAACGGCAGCAGCCUGGAGGAGGAGGCCGAGCGCAUGGAGGACGAGGAGCAGGAGCGGCUGCUGAGCUACUGGCAGAGCGUGGGCAGGGGGCACCAGGUGGACGUGCCCCGGGACAUGGCCGAGCCCAUCCAGCAGCUGACCAGGAACAACAGCCCCCAGGAGAGACAGAGCAUCCCCUUCACCCUCAUCCAGCGCAAGGAGAAGCUUGGAGAUCUCCUUUACGAAAAACGUCAGUAUGGAAAAGCCAAAUGGGCUUGUAUAAAAAUGAAAGAAAAGCAGUAUGAGCAGAGCAUAUGCCUUGGAUUCAUGAAGCUUAUGAGGUACAUUUGUGAGCAGAACUCCUCAGGACUGUACCUGGGGAUAACCGUGCCCAUUGUGACCAUAGUCCACACGAACAAGUCGCAGUCGGAGAUGACACAGUCGGUGACGGUGGCGUACUACCUGCCCCCGGGGCUGCAGGAUGAGCCGCCGCACCCCUUUGACUCCGACAUCAUCAUUGAAGAAUGGCCUUCUACCAUCGUGUAUAGCAGGAGCUUCAGAGGAAUCAUCAAUGAAGACUCUAUCAUGAGGGAAAUAAACCUGUUGGCAGAAAUUCUGGAUAGCCCCGAGUUAUGUUUGCAGGAUACGUUCAUCAUCGCAGGCUACACAAACCCGGCCGCUGCCAACCGCCACAACGAGAUCUGGUUCCUGCAGAGGCCGUAGCCCCCGCUCCCGUUCACUGGCAGAACCUUACACGUGGAUCACGUGAGACCAGAUGGCAAACCCUCCGGGAUUUUAGAAAUGUGACUUUUAGCCAGUCUAGCAAGGCAAUCACUCCACCUGAACAAUCAAACCGAGGUAAUACCUGAAAAACACACGCUUUCCGGUGUCAACUUUUACAGUUUUUACACAACUUUUAUGGAGAUUUUUAGCACUCUGAAGGUUAGUUCACCUUGUCUUUCUUUCCAAGAUAAGGGAGCAGACGUGUCUCCUGUAGCCGGCCCGUGGCGCGGGACAGUCCUGGGCAGGUCCCUGCUCCGGCACCCAGGGCUGCACCGGCCACACAAACACCCUCCUGGUUUGCAGGGGGACACACGUCAACCUCGCCUCACACAUGCAGAAAAACAACAUUCUGAAGAGAACUACCAGAUUUAGACCCCUGGGAUUAAACCAGGGAGUGGGAGUAGGCCAGUGCUGACCGCUGUUAAUGUCACCAUUUGCAGCGCAGACAUGCAGUGCGUACCUCAAAAAGCGUUCAACCAAAGUACUAUUAACUGUGAGGAAAGACCAAGAAGGCACAACAGUCCUAAUGCUCAUUAAUGUUUUGGCAGCCAGCGUUCCAGCUCACCUCAGUCCCACACUCACGGUAAUCCCAUGGCGCUGUUUGGCAUUCCCCAAGAGAAAGCGGUUGUUCUUGACUGUCCAGGUUUCUGAACACUGUCAUGUUCUAACCAUGCUGAAUGUUAAAACACUGGAGCAAGUAAUUUUCUCAGUACAUUUUUUGCGCUCUUCUAGCAGCACCACACUAUUAAUGUCACGUUAACGUUUGAGCACCUCCAGAGCUGAGGAGCCUGUAACCCUCUGGGUCCUGUCCCACCCUUUGACCACGCUCACUGUGAGAAUUCUUCUUGGUAUCUAGUUUUCCCUGUUGCAGCUUGUUUCUCUUUCCGUACCUACGCGGUGUUUCUGGAAGCAGACACGUGCCAGCGCGGCACGCUGCGUUCCAAAGACGAGCUCACACAGUCCUACAGGCACCAGAGAGCCUGCAAGCGGCACUCGCUAACGAGCACCUACUGCACUUUAGAAUCGGGGUAGCAAACAGUUUUGCUCUCAAAAAUCCCCUCUUAGUGUCUCCCCAGACAGAUACGAUGGUAGAGUUUAAUCUGAAUAGAAGUAGUUGUCUUUUUAUGUAGAAUUUCAUUGAGUGUAUCACCAGCACUAUGUACUGAUGACAGGGUUUAGGCUUUAAAUAGGUUUUGUGUUGCUCAGUUACAACAUACAAAACGGCAACUAGAGUCAGCGUCUGUCAGCUUAGAGUUAAUUGGCAAACAAAGCGGAUUUAUGUGGUACUUGUGAUGAACAGACACAGGUGUCACGAACUCCAGGCCUCGUGGCUCCACAAGGCUCUGCCCUCGGCAAAACUGAUUUGAUGCUUAACCUGGAAGCUCUCGGUGAGCAGCAGGAGCAGAGAGCAGCGGUGCCCUGCUGCGCGGGCCGCGGGUGAGCCGGGGGCUCUCCGGGGCUGCUGCCGCGGAGGGUCCUGGGGACACGGCAAGGACAGCGCAACACAAACGAACCAAUCGUCUCUGUAGGAACAAACAAACCACGCCAGUCCUCACUUACUCCUGGCUGAUCAGAUACCCCGCGCUGGGCCAGCACAGACGUUCGUAUUGCCACAGAUUAAUUGGAUUUUAAACUGACGGAGGGGGGUAGAAUCUCAAAAAAUACUGCGUGUUAGGGCUCUCUUACGGCAGCCAGAACACUAUCAAAUCUGGCACAAAUGCUUGUGCCAGCUGUGGCCACGCUUAGGGACCACUUUGUCUGAUGUGCCAAUUUAAAUGCACAUCAAAGUUUUGCUCAGUUAAUAGAACAAGACAAUGGAGAUACUGGUCGUGUCUUUUAUUGCUCUCAAUGUGUUCAAAAUAGAGUCUCAGAGAGCAAAAGAAAGGCUUCCUUUUCAAUAUGUGGAAUUGUUUCCUGUUUGAUUUCUAUUUACAUUCCCUUGUACUUAUCUGUACCAUUUCCUCAGUGGCUGGAAAUGCCAACAAACCAGGGGAACCAACCACAGGGGUUUUGAACGGAGCGGAGCAGAAGGCCCGGGCGGGCGCUCAAGAGCAGCUUGUGUUUUGCCCUCACCGCCCAACAAGAUUUUCAUAAGACCAAAUUAAAACCAUUUUCACCUUUGACAGGAUUUUAUGACAAAUCCAAGAAGUUUCUGCAAUUUAAUUGCUUUUGCCAGUUACAGAAAUUGUUUUAAUGCUUCGGCACAACAAACAUCAAAUAGCUAUUUGAAGCAGUUAAAUCCUCUCACCAGAAAAUACUCGUUUGUACAUACUUUAUAUUUUCAAAGCAUUUGCUCUAUCUUAUGUCUCUUUCCAUAAGCAAUCUUCACCUAAGUACUCCUGUGACUCAGCUACUAGUGGUGUGUUAUAGAUACACUGUUACUGCAAUAUAGAAAUAAGGUGUUUAUCUGAGUGCGCUGGUGUCCUCACUGCAGCAAUGUGUUCAGUGUUGUUACACGUAACUGUGAAUUCAAGAUAGUAUUUCUUUUGAGUUCUAUUAGAUGGCUUCUGCUGCCGGCAAAGAACCAAUUAAUCUCGUUUGAAGAUACACUUUAUGGCCACGGAACGUUGUACCAGGUUCUGUAAACGGCCCCACAAGCAGGGGCACAAAGAAUUGUGGUUUCACUGACCCGCAGUGAGGUUUCCUCCAUAGUUACACAGUGAAUGCCAGGGAAACGUCACUAUUACUCACAUACACCACGGAGGAAGUUUGGAAACAUUACGUCAAGCUUCAUUAUGUAACUCCUGUUAGCCCAAUAUUUUAUUAUCCACCUGUGGCUCUACUUUGUAAGCCAUUAAUUAAUGGAUUUCCGUUUGCAAUUUGAAGUUAUCUGAUUUACACUAGUCAAAGGAAAUAACAAAACAGAAUUGACCCAUAUUUUUGGAAGAUUCAAUGAUGAAGCCUUAAGAGAUGAAUGUUGUCCUGCAUACUGUGUAUUUUUCAAACAAGCUUUAGUGCCUCAAGUUCAUCGCAGCUCUUGUGAUACUCAGGGCCUUGCUUACUGCAUGUACACCAAUCUAGACACCAUUUGCCCAGCAUUGUCACGUGGCGCUGUUUUACACUGUCCCCCAUUUUCACUGAAAUGUUGUCGUAUUUACUGUUUGUCGACAUUAAAGAUGAUGAUUUUAUUGUGCAGAUA